GAAAGCACUGAGUGGCAGCGGGAUUGGAUCGGCGGUGUUGCAGUGCCGGCGCUGCCGCAGCGGAGAUGUGCUCGGUGGGGAGGCGCUGGGGCCGGCGGCAGCGAGCUCUGCUCUGGGCCGUCCUGCUGGCGGCGUGGGAGGCGGCGUGGGGGCAGCUGCGCUACUCCGUGCCCGAGGAGAUGCCCAAGGGCUCGUUCGUGGGCGACGUGGCCAAGGACCUGGGGCUGCAGCUGCCGGCGAUGCGAGAUCGCAGUGUCCGCAUUGUCUCGGAAGGUAGGACGCAGUAUUUCGCCGUGCACGGGAAGACGGGACAUUUAGUGACGGCAGAGAGGAUCGACAGAGAGCAGCUGUGCGAGAGCUUGCAGCAAUGCGUGCUGCGCUGUGAGCUGAUAGUGGAGGGACAGAUGCAGGUUUAUGGGAUCCAAGUGGAGAUCACGGACAUUAACGACAACGCACCGAGCUUUCGAGAGGCAGAAAGAGAACUGAGAAUGAGCGAGAUGACAGCCCCGGGGUCGCGGUUUCCCCUGGCCGAGGCUCACGAUCCGGACUCGGGCCGGAAUUCCCUGCAGAGCUACGAGCUGAGCGGUGACGAGCACUUCUCGCUGGCCGUGCAGGCGGGCCCCGGCGGCGAUCAGCGUCCCGAGCUGGUGCUGGCGAAGGCGCUGGACCGGGAGGAGGCGGCGUUUCACGAGCUGGUGCUGAGGGCGAUGGACGGCGGCGAUCCGGCACGGACGGGCACGGCUCGGAUCCGCGUGACGGUGCUGGACGCGAACGACAACGCGCCCGUGUUCAGCCAGGCGGAGUACACGGUGCGUGUGCCCGAGGACGUGCCCGUGGGCUCCGUCCUCGUCACUGUAACGGCCACGGACGCCGACGAGGGGCCGAAUGGACACGUGAAAUAUUCGAUUCAGAAAAUUACUGAGAAAGCCUCGCAGAUUUUCCAGCUGGACACCGACACGGGAGCAAUCACUCUGCUCCGGAGCCUGGACUUCGAGGAAGGCAAUUCCUACGAAUUGGAGGUGCAGGCACAUGAUGGGGGAGGCCUUUUUGACACGACAAAAGUCGUGGUCUCUGUGACAGACGUCAACGACCAUGUGCCAGAGAUUUCGAUGCGGUCGGCACUGAGUGAGAUCUCAGAAGACGCCCCUUCGGGAACUGUCGUGGCCCUGGUGCACGUGAGGGACGGGGACUCGGGGGCUAACGGCGAGGUGUGCUGCACGCUCGACGAGGGUGUCCCAUUCCGACUGGAGAAGUCCUAUGAUGACUAUUACCGCGUGGUGACAGCGAGAGAGCUGGACCGGGAGCAGGUGUCGGAGUAUAACGUGACGGUGCGGGCGGCCGACGGCGGGUCGCCGCCGCUGCAGAGCAGCGCGGUGCUGGCGCUGCGGGUGCUGGACGUGAACGACAACGCGCCGGUGUUCGCGGAGGAGCGCUACAGCGCGCGGCUGGCGGAGAACAACGCGGCGGGCGCGCUGGUGCUGACGGUGCGCGCCACGGACGCGGACUGGGGGCAGAACGCGCGCGUGCGCUACCGGCUGGCGGAGGGGCGGGUGCGGGGCGCGCCGCUGUCGUCGUACGUGUCGGUGCAGGCGGAGACGGGCGCGCUGUACGCGCUGCGCUCCUUCGACUACGAGCAGCUGCGCGAGCUGCAGCUGUGGGUGCGUGCGGAGGACGGCGGCGCGCCGGCGCUGAGCAGCAACGUGUCGGUGCGGCUGCUGAUCGUGGACGAGAACGACAACGCGCCGCAGGUGCUGUACCCGCCACAGGCGGCGGCGGCGGCGGCGGCGGGCUCGGGCGCCGUGUGGUCGGGCGUGGAGCUGGCGCCGCGCUGGUCGGAGGCCGGCGCGCUGGUGGCCAAGGUGGUGGCGGUGGACGCGGACGCGGGGCAGAACGCGUGGCUGUCGUACGAGCUGGCCAAGGCCACGGAGCCGGGGCUGUUCCGCGUGGGGCUGCACAGCGGCGAGGUGCGCACGGCGCGCUCGCCGCUGGCCCGCGACGCGGCGCGCCAGAGCCUGGUGGUGCUGGUGAAGGACCACGGGCGGCCGGCGCUGUCGGCCACGGCCACGCUGAGCGUGGUGCUGGCCGAGAGCGUGGCCGAGCUGCUGGCCGAGCUGGGCAGCGCGGCCGACGAGGCGGCGGCGCCGGGCGAGCCGGCCGCCGGCCUGACGCGCUGGCUGGUGCUGGCCGUGGCCGCCGUGUCGUGCCUCUUCGUGGCCUUCCUGCUGCUGCUGCUGGCGCUGCGCCUGCGCCGCUGGCGCCGCCAGCAGCUGCUGCCGGCGGACAGCGGCGCCCUGCGCGGCGUGCCCGUGUCGCACUUCGUGGGCAUCGACGGCGUGCGCGCCUUCCUGCAGUCCUACUCGCACGAGGUGUCGCUCACGGCCGACUCGCGCAAGAGCCAGCUGCGCUUCUCGGCCGGCAGCUGCUGCGACACCCUCCCGGCCCGGCCGCCGCCCGACGAGCCCGCGCCGCUGCUCGGGGAUGAGGAUCUUGCCGGCGCCCUCCCCGCGGAUCCCGCCCCUCCUUCGGCGCCGAGCCCCGCCCAAAGCCGGGCCCCCUUGAGCGCGGCCAUCCGGCGGCUGCAGUGGCGCGGCGCCGCCUCCGGGUGCCGCUGUUGGCCGCCGCCGAGCGGCGCUGGAGCCGCCGCCGCAGCGUCCUGCCCCCGCAGGCUGCUCGCUCGCCCGGCGCCGGCCACAGCGGCAGCGGCUCCGCCACCAGCAGCAGCAGCAGCGGCGGCGGCGAGAGGCGUCCCGAGCGGGCUGGCUGCGCUGCGGCGGCCCCUGCGCUGUGUGGCGAGAGCGGCUGGAAGGGAGGCAGGGCAGCGGCGGGAGGCAGGAGCGCGGCGAGCGCAGGCGGCAGAGAAUGGCGGUGAGGCGGCGGCAGAGGCGCGGGCCGGGCGGCGGCGAGCGCUGCUGGCCGCGCUGCUGCUGUGCGUGUGGUGCCGGGCGGCGGCCGAGCGGGUCCGCUACGCCAUCCCCGAGGAGCUGGGCAGAGGCUCGCUCGUGGGGCCGCUGGCGCGGGACCUGGGGCUCAACGCGGACGAGCUGCCGGCGCGCAAGCUGCGGCUGAGCGAGGAGAAGCAAUUCUUCACGGUGAAUGAGGAGAACGGGAACCUGUACGUGAACGAGAGGCUGGACCGGGAGCAGAUGUGUGGUGAAUCAGCGACCUGCUCCGUCAGCUUCGAGGCGCUGGUGCACAACCCACUGAACAUUUUCCACGUCCAGGUGUCCAUCGAGGACGUGAAUGACAACUCCCCGGUCUUCAGCAAGGCUGUUUUGGACCUCGAGAUCGGUGAAUUAAUCCCUCCUGGUGCUCGGUUUCCACUGGAGAUGGCCCGAGAUGAGGACGCAGGAAGCAACUCACUGCUGACUUAUCAGCUCACCAGCAACCCUUGCUUCUCCCUGGUCAUGAAGGAGAGCCCUGAAGGAAUCAAGGAGCCGGAAUUAGUGCUUGAGAAAGCAUUGGACCGGGAGAAGCAGAGCUCCUUUGAACUGGUGCUGACAGCAGUGGAUGGCGGGGAGCCCGCCAGAUCAGGGACUGUCCAGGUUCGCAUAAACGUUACUGACGCCAACGACAACCCGCCCGUGUUCAGCAAAAGCCUCUAUGAGGCGAGAGUAGCGGAGAAUCUCUCAGUGGGGUCUCUGGUGCUCCGAGUACGGGCGACAGAUGCGGAUGCGGGCACCAACGGGCGGGUCUCCUACUCAUUCAGCAACGUUCCAGACAGCAUCCGUGCUUUGUUCACUGUCGACAGCAACAGUGGCGAGGUCAGGACGGUGGGUCCCCUCGAUUUCGAGGAGAAGAAUAAAUACCUCUUCGGCCUGGGAGCGAUGGACGGAGGCGGGUUAACGGCUCACUGCAAGGUUCAAAUAGAUAUCAUGGAUGAGAAUGACAACGCCCCGGAAAUAACGAUUCUGUCACUUUCGAGCCCGGUGCCUGAGGACGCCCCGGUCGGCACUGUGGUAGUCCUGCUGAAAGUGCGGGACCGGGACUCCGGUGACAAUGGUCAGGUGUCGUGCGAGCUGUCGGGAGAGGCGCCGCUGUCGAUCGUGGCGUCCUCGGGCGGCUCGUACAAGGUGGUGACGGCGGGCGCGCUGGACCGAGAGCAGGCGUCCGAGCAUCGCGUGACGGUGGUGGCCCGGGACCGGGGCAGGCCGGCGCUGUGGAGCAGCAGGGAGCUGGUGCUGGAGGUGUCGGACGUGAACGACAACGCGCCGGUGUUCGAGGAGGCGGCGUACAGCGCGUACGUGGCGGAGAACAACGCGGCGGGCGCGCUGGUGCUGCGCGUGCAGGCGCGGGACGCGGACGCGGGCGCCAACGGGCGCGUGAGCUACUGGCUGGCGGGCGGCAGCGCGGGCGCGGCGGGCGCGGCGCCGCUCGUGUCGGUGGAGGCGCGGAGCGGCGCGCUGUACGCGCAGCGCUCCUUGGACUACGAGCAGUGCCGCGAGUUCACGGUGGCGGUGCGGGCGCAGGACGGCGGCUCGCCGGCGCGCAGCUCCACGGCCACGGUGCGCGUCUUCGUGCUGGACCGCAACGACAACGCGCCGCGGGUGCUGUGGCCGGCGGCGGCGGGAGAGGCUGCGGGAGGGGCGGCGGCUCCUUUCGAGGUGGUGCCGCGUUCUGCCGAGGCCGGCUACCUGGUGGCCAAGGUGGUGGCGGUGGACGCGGACGCGGGGCGCAACGCGUGGCUGUCGUACGAGCUGGUGCAGGCGUCGGAGCCGGCGCUGUUCCGCGUGGGGCUGCACAGCGGCGAGGUGCGCACGGCGCGCGCCGUGUCCGAGCGGGACGCGGCCAAGCAGCGGGUGGUGGCCGUGGUGAAGGACCACGGGCAGCCGGCGCUGUCGGCCACGGCCACGCUGCACGUGGUGCUGGCCGAGAGCUUGCAGGAGGCGCUGCCGGAGCUGAGCGAGCGGGCGGCGGGCGCCGAGGCGGCGGCGGCCGAGCUGCAGUUCUACCUGGUGCUGGCGCUGGCGCUGCUGUCGGCGCUCUUGGUGCUGAGCGUGGCGCUGGCCGUGCUGGCGCGGCUGCGGCGGGCCGGGCCGCCCGCCGUGCUGCGCUGCCUGGGCGCGCAGCGCUUCUCGGUGGCCGGCGCCGCCUUCCCGGCCGACUUCUGCGAGGGCACCUUGCCCUACUCCUACAACCUGUGCGUGGCGGCGCCGGCCCGCGCCGUGCCCGAGGCCGCUUGGCCGCCGCCGCCGCCGGUGCCCGUCCUGUCGGCGGAGGAGCUGCUGAGUGGGGAGCCCUUGGAGAAGCAGAUCUCGAGUAGUAACGCCGCCGAGGGAGAGCUGCCUGCCAAUCCUGAUGCACCGCAGCAAGCUCAGCCUAACACAGAUUGGCGCUUCUCUCAGACCCAGAGACCUGGAACAAGUGGCUCCCAGAAUGGAGAGGAAGCUGGAGCCUGGCCCAACAACCAGUUUGACACGGAGAUGCUCCAAGCCAUGAUCCUGGCUUCAGCCAAUGAAGCUGCUGACGGUAACUCGACCCUGGGCGGCGGCAAUGGCACGAUGGGGCUGAGCGCCCGCUACGGCCCGCAGUUCACCCUGCAGCACGUCCCCGACUACCGGCAGAACGUCUACAUCCCGGGCAGCAACGCCACCCUCACCAACGCCGCCGGCAAGCGCGACGCCAAGAACGCCGCCCCCGCCGGAGGCAACAAAAAGAAAUCCGGGAAGAAGGAGAAGAAGUAGUGAAGAAGAAAAAGGAGACCUUAGAGCUACAGGGCAGCCGGCUCCAGCACUCCCCCAAAAACCACAGCCCAGGCCGGAGGACGAAUGUGAAUUUUUUUGUGGUGCAAAAGUAGGAAAUGCUGCGAAUGUAUCUCGUCAUCAUCAGAUCUGAGAGCAGGGGCUCGCUGCUCUCAGGUCUCGUGAUGAAAACCAAUCCGGAGUCUAAACCGAACACAAACAAGUGCCCUGUGAAUAAUGUUUUAUACAAUCCCUCGGGUAUUAGAAUAUGCAAGGGCCGAAGGUCUUUUGCCACGUCUUUGGAUCCAGUUUGCUCCCAGGUAGUCCAAGAAAGGCACAAGGCUUGUGCUCGGCUUUGCCCAAUGUAAAUAAUUUUAAUGUGGAUCUUUUAAUUUAUAGCCCUUCAGCUAUUUUUUGGAAAGGAAAAGGAAGUUCUUAGCUUAGAGCCCAUGCUCCAGUUCUUUGCUGUUAAAUUUUCCAUUUGUAAAAUUCACCCCCAGUCAAUGAUAGCGAUGGAUUUUGGAAUUUGGAAGUUGGUAGGGAGUGCUUCAGUUCCUGCUUACCUGUCAUCUGAAAAAAAAAAACUUUAUAUUGCAUGAGUCAAAGGGAAUAUGGCAAAGCUGCAUCCUAAGCAUUUUUAAUUUUUUUUUUCUUUAAAUUGUAACCACUAAUGGCCUGAAAAAUGAUAAGGAAAAAGCCCUCCUGCUGUGUGAGAGGCAGGGAAUUCCAUGAGGAGCAUGCCGAGGUGUGCGGCAGCUGCCCCGGCGGUUCUAGGGGUCUCCGAAGAGCAGACACAUCUCAAACCUUCUUUGCAGUAAAUAUUUAUAUGUACAGUCGAUGUUCUUAUGGAAUUAAGGCUAAGAGAGCCUCGCUCCCCCGCGGCCAGGCCUGGCCAGGUCCCCGCGCAGGGGACACGGGGACGACGCUUCACUGUCUGCACACGGUGUCUGCAUGCACGUCCCUCACCUCACACCUGCACUAGCGCAGUAGCUCCACGGACCCGCAGAAGUCCUCGCAUGCCCACGUGGUGUGAACGCGCCGGCAGCCGCCCGGGCUGCCCUGGGGAAGGGGUGGGAGGGGGUGGGAUGGCUCAGGCGGGGUGGGGAAACUCAUUAUUGCUUCUAGUUCGGGCCCCAAAGGGUGUCUGGGGUGGUGGGGCGGUUCUACGAGGCGGUUCUUGGGGUCUCGCCCAAAGGGCGGGAUCCGCGGAGCUGCCGUGCAUGGCUUUGGUGCAGACUUGGUGGCUGAGUAAGUGAUGGUUGUCUUGGAGGCGUUUGGGGACCAGAUCCAGACAAGGGACCCAAGAGCAGGGGGUGACGCUGCAAAAUGGGGGGCAGUGGCUGGGGGAGUGUCACAUGGGACCAUGUGGGGCCAGCCUGGAGGAAGAGGUGACGCUCCCGCUGGCUUUGGGCUUUGUAUCCUGCGGGCAGAACUGAAGGAUGAGGAUUAGAAUUUCUCCAUGUGCCCAUCACCAAAGCACCAGGCCAGCUUCCCAUAGCAAAGCAGCUCUGAGCCCCCGGGAGAGGCAGAUGGGGGCUUUGUGUAGCCAGAGCCAGGAGAGGAGCUGUGGGGUGGCCCGGAGGGGGCCACACCGAGUUUCCCAGGGGGGUGUGUGUUGUUUUUUUCCUUUUUUAAUCACUAACACGUAACUCACCCGAGCAGAUCCAGCCCUUUCAGCCAGGCUCUCCCCACCCGUGCCCCCUCCCCAAACCAGGGCAGCAGGAUCAUCCUCCGUGUUUCAUCAGACCCAGCCACCUCUGGCGCUGGCUGCACUGGGAGCGGUUCCCACCCUGUCCCCUGCAGCUGCCACCUGCCCCCCCUCUAGAAAUGCUGUAGCUGAAUCGUAGUCUUUAUAUUUUCUUUUUAAUCUGCAAUCUGAGGUAGCGUAGUGAGUGUCGUGUAUUUAGUGGCGUGUUAUUUUUAAUUGCAGUAACUAACUUGUGGACAUCAGUAUUUUCAAUUUUCUCUGUAUCUUCUUUCCAUGUGGUCUGUGCUCCGAGUGUGCGUGAAAUGAAACACGUUUGCCCUUUCAAUGUGUCUAAUAUUGAAUUAUACUUAUAUAUUAUAUAUAUGCUUAUAUCCUUCUUAUACCCAUAUAGACCAAUGUCGAUGUGUUACACGCAAGUUUUAUACUCUAAUAUUUAUAUUGCUUUUUUUCUUUGGGAAAAAAAAAUAAUAAAAUGGUUUCUUCUGAA